AUGGCCGUGGACGAGUUUGGUCGCGAGCACUACGUCGUGGAAGCUCCAGCUGGUCGGCUAGGCGUCUUACUCGUUGAAAAUGAACGAGGCUUUGUGAUUGUUCAAGGGUUUGGAGACAUUCCGGCGGAUCAAGCCCCCUCAGCCGAGGGCGACAAACACCGGCUAUCGAUGAUGCGCCAGGUAGUUCGUUCGGGAGAUCGGCUAGUUGCAAUUGAUGGCGACGAAGUUGUUUAUUCUAGUCUAUCAGAAGUCAUCACACGCCUGGGGAAACUUUCGGCAAAGAAGCGGGAGCUGAAAUUCGCACGGUAUCACCAACCACAAAGCUCCAUCAAAACCUAUGACCCAGAAAAAUUGGUUUUGGUUCGUGCUCCUAGCGGUCCACUCGGCUUGAUUCUCAGCGACGCCUUGCAGUACGGUGCCGUCAUUGAAGGUUUCCAGCAGCUUCCAGAUGGAUCGGAAAGUCAUUUCAAGAAGUGCCACAAUGUUCACCGUGGGUGCCAGAUCGUCGAUAUCAACGGUGUAGACGUAUCUGGGCUACCGCGCGAAGAAACCACAAAGGUGUUGGCAGAAAUGAGAGAACAAGACAAAGAGAUCAGUAUGUACCGCAUGACUCCAAAUACCUGCGCUCGAUUCUCACAACUCACGGUCAUAACGGAAGAUGUGGGCAUCAAGUUCGUCGAUACCGAGAACUAUCGCUGUGUGGUGGCUGCAGCUGCUGGGCCCGACGUCGUGGAAGGUGACAUCCUUAUUGGUAUCAACACCACCGACAUCACGGGUAUGAGUCGAGCUGCCGCCAUGGACUUGCUGAAUCAAACGCCACGCCCCCAAACGCUUACUUUCUACCACCCCGAAGCAGCACCUCUGCCGGAAUGCCACGCAUUGCUGAUCGAGGCGGGGCCAUCCGGGCUGAACCUAGAUAGCAGCGAUGCUGCUCACGCCAGGAUUACGGGGUUUACUUCACCAGAAUAUGCUGAUCGCCCAACAUACAAGAACUUGAGUGAUUUUAUCCCAGGCAGCUACAUCAUCGGAAUCAACGGGCUCGACGUGUGCCAGCAUACGCUCGCAGACAUCUCCAAGUUGUUUUCAAAGUUAAGGGACACACCCAAGCAGAUCGUGGUGGGGAAUGCGACGUUGGUGAGGCGUCUAGAACAAACCCGGGCGGUAGCAGCUAUCAACGUACCCCCUGGACCGUUGGGGAUUAUAUUCGAUGGCGACCAUGCAGAUGUGGCCCGUGUGGCGGGAUUCAAGCCGAUGGAAGAUGGAAAUCCAGGGGUUGUCGAGCGAAGCGGCCAUAUUCCAGUUGGAUCGCGACUACAAAUGAUCAACAAGAUGAACGUGACGUGCUUGACGCUGAACCAGACUGUCAGUUUGCUGCAGAAACUGUCCUCCGCGCCAAAAGAACUUGUGUUCCUCACGCGAAGUGAAACCAGCAAGUGCAAUCCUCGCACAAUAAGUAUUCGAGUCCCACCUGGCCCAUUAGGCAUCGAUUUGCGUACAACCGCGUCCAACACGGCAGUUGUUGACCGUGUCAAUGAGGAUCCUGCGCGUGGCCCCACUCACAUUUUCAACCACGGUGGUGUUGUCAGUGGAUCCGAAAUACUUGCCAUCGACAGCUUCGACGUCAGUUCACUGGAGAUCUCAGAACUUAGCCAACUGCUGCGGUUGUUUGCACCUCACGAGAAGAUUAUUACCUUUGGCACGACGGCAGACGCGUAUGCUAGCAUGUUGAACGCUGCACACAAGCCAGCAUUGAAGAGCUUUGUCGUCUCGAAAUCCCCCAUGGGAAUAGAGUUUUAUAGCUCUCUCGAAAAUGCUGCCUGCAUCAAAAACGUGGCCACGAGUGAUUUUAACGAAGAGAUCCCGGUUGGCAGUCGCCUCAUCGCCAUUGACAACGUCGACAUCAGAGCGCUGUCACUGAACGAGAUCGUCGACGUUCUAAAAUGCCUUGCUGGGCUCCAGAAGACGCUCACGUUUGACACUGAGCAUCGCCAGAGCACACCAGCAUCCCCCACGACGUCCGCUCCCAGUUCACCUACAAUUUUGAAGAAGAUAUUGAAGGGCACCUCGUCCGUCGAUGCAAAUCCCGCAGACUCGUCACAGAAACCUUCUUUCUUGACUACAGCCAAUGCAUCGCACACGAAAUCAACAGUUCGGUUUGCCGAAGUGGAGACUUCACAAGAAACCCCAGUGCUCCCAACUGAAGCAUCGCACUCGCGUCCGCCGCCGUUGAAAAUCGACCCUCCUUCUGCGCCGCUCUCCGCGCUCUCCAUUCGAACCGUCGAAGCGACCAAAGCUGCGUCCGAAGAGAGGUCACCCAACGGGAAGCAACAACCCUCCUUGAACUCGCCAAAGACGCAAUUCCUGAUCAGUAUGACCUCGUGGUCAGGCUCCCGUGAAUCGAGCCGCUUGGUGGUCGACAAAUCCGAGAAGUGUCUACAUAUCAUGCCACUUAAUCCCUCCUCUCCGCGCUCAGCCAAGACGGAGGUCAUUGCUUUUGCCGAUAUCUCGGCCUUGGAUACUGGGAAGGCCAGCCCUCCCCCGUCGCCGUCCAAGAGGGGUCUGUUCCGCUCGCUUUCAUCAAAGAAGGACUUGGCGGAGCGCUACCCCGUGACCAUCUCGGCCGAAGAAGCCGGCAGUGGCAGUGGCAAGAAGAAGACCAAAGUCUGGGAGUUCGACAUGCUCUCCAGAGCAGAGCGCGACGAGCUUGAAGCGAUGCUCUUGCACUGA